UUUUUAAUAUAUCACCAAACAAUGGUAUAUAUGUUAAAAUGGAUUUCCUCGUUCUGUUUGCUGUUUAUGAAUAUAGCUGUCAAAUUUUCAGCACAGCAGUCUGAUCCCACAGCUGUAUUUACAGCAGAGGAAUAUCAGAUGGCCGGUUUUGAUUUUUCUCAGUUGCAUCUUGUGAGAGAAUAUUCCACUGUAUCCCCUGAAUGUGAAUCCCAACAAGUUCAAGUUAAAGUAUACUCGUAUCCGAUACUAGAGGAGGGGGAGAUAAUUAACACAAAUAUAUCUAUUGCCACUCCUUUGAAUAUUAAAAAUACAAGACAAAUAUCAAGUAUGACAGGAGAAUAUAUAGGUUUGUUUAAUCAUAUUAUAAGAAAAAUUUGAUAUGUGAUCA